UCUCCCGGAAGACACCACUUUUGGAAGUUUCUAAAUGAACAUGAACACUGAUUGAAAUGGCGUCAGUGACGGUACGGGGCUCGGCUCUCUGCACCGCGUCUCUGCUAAACUUUGCAUUUGUUUUCAUUUCCGGUGCAGACUUUGUUCGGUUCAUUUCUUUUCGAGCAAUUUACCACAACAUUACCGGGGAGACGACCCUGUGCCAAGGUGAGCUUUCCACACGCCGCUGGCAGGCGACCAGGAAAAGUUAGCUAACGUUAAUGGAGGAGUUAUCAGCUGAUAGCAGAAUGCUUCAUUACUAUAAUCUAGUUAUACUAUGGCUGCACAAUAUAUAGUGUUUGAUUAAAAUAAUGUUUAAUCAAGAAUCAAUGUGUUUUAAGUAGCUCAGGUAUAUACACCUUUUCCUGUACCUAAGGGGGGGCGGUAGUAAAACAGCAGCAAGUAUUGGAUCCAUAUAAAUAGUUGAUCUACUUGAUAUUACACCUUCUGGCCACUAGAGGUCAGCGCCCGGCUAGCGGUGAGCGACGGCAGUACGACUGUAUCUCAGCUUUCAAUCGCUCUGUCCCGUUUUCAUCUUUCCUCAUCAUUCUAAGCCAAUCGCGUCGCCCCGUUCUCAUCUUUCCUCAAAAAUGUUAGCCAAUCGCGUGGCUGGCAUUGCAUCUUUGGACUCCGAGCCAAUCGCAGCCCCGCAAGCUUGCGCUGCGUGCGAGCCAAUCGGAAAUGAGCGCUCGCCUCGAUAUCCCGCCCAUACAUUUUCGCCGGUAGCGGAGAAUCCAUUGAACGGGACUCGACUUCAUCAUCGCUCAAGAUGGCAACAAAACAAAAAAAGCACAAGGCUAUGGGUGAUGAGGAGUGGAUGUCACGCCUGCGGAGAUUCGCUGCUUCAGGGGUUUGGCCCUCUGAUGCAGGAAACAGGCCUGCUCCCCGCCAGAAGAAGUGGAAUGACCUCUAUCUGAAGAUUGACAAAUGCCCGAUGCAACGGAGGGGACAGGCAUCUCUGUUUGGGGGGCCACAGACAUGUGGCUGUGGUUUCCACACUAAGAAGCCUUCCAGCUCAGUCCCUGACACCCCAUUUCCCCGUACCACUGUUGGCACUGGUCAAGGGCAAGGCCCUUCAAGCGCUGCUGCUGCUGCUGCUGCUGCCUCCUCAGCAUCAACAUCUGCUGGACCUGUGCAGAGGCCUGCUUUGAAUCUGGCUAUGUUUACAAAACCACGGUUUGGCGGGUCGCAUGGUGCUGCUUUGAAGCCAAAUUUAACUGUGGCUAGGAAGCCUGCAAAGCCCCUUAUUAGCACGUCCCCCAGUGCCACCACAAACGUCGACACUGCAACACCAACAUCAGGGAGGACAUCAUCCCCUGCCCAGAGUCCCAGAAAACAUAUUAGGACCAGCUCCCCUUUCUCUCUUCCCCCCUCUCCUCUUUCAUCAGCCUCAAUAAUCCCCCCAGCCACUGCUAAAGCUCCCCUUAUUAGCACAUCGACCAGUACCACCACAAACUUUGGCACUGCAACACCAACAUCAGGGAGGACAUCAUCCCCUGCCCAGAGUCCCAGAAAAUAUAUUAGGACCAGCUCCCCUUUCUCUCUUCCCCCACUCCUGUGUCAUCAGCCUCAAUAA